UUAGGUACCUACCUACAGAGUUUUUACUGCUUGAAUUCAUCAAGUAAGCAAAUAAGUACUGUGAGCUCUUCUGCUGUCUCACUCUGUGGAAUGUAGUCUACUUGAGCCACACAUUGGGUUGUUGCCUCAACCCUCAAUUCUCCAAGAAAUGUAUUACUCAUCUAAAGGGUCUGGGGAGCAGUAGUGCACUUGAAUCAACUUUGAGGGUGCUAAGAAAAGUAUUUACAAAUGAAUUGGCAAAUAAGUACAGCCUCCUUGGGAGGAAGAAGAGAAAUUUCGAAAAUUUGGCAAUUUGCAAAAUUUAUUGUUUUUGAUACGGUGAAACAUCAUGUUGCAUCAGUAACAGAGAAGGAGGUGGACUCAAUAAUUAUUGCUUGUUGGCUGGUGCAAGCUAAGGGGCGCAUGUCAAGGAUGGAGAAAAAGACUGGAGGCAAUGAACCUUCCAUUAGGGUGGAAGAUAAGGAGGGCGAAAUCUAGCGAAUUUUUUGGUACCGCAAACCGCAGAUUUGGCGCCACCAAUCCACCCACUCACAUAUAUAAUAAUCUUUAAUCUCUUCUCAACGUGUGUUACCAGUUGUAUAUAUAUAGUGUAUUUAAUAUUCGUAUGUAUCGCAUAAAAAUAAUAUGCAGUAUUUUAUUAUGGACCUUUCAGCUGAAUUAUGUUCUGUAUAGCCUAACAUAUUUUAUCUUCUUGUUAUUUUAAUAAAGAUUUUAGUGAAGAUUAUUCUAGUAAAGAAUAUAUUCAUGAAAAUUUUACUUCACAUUACAUUUUAUUACUUGUUACUUCACAUUACUACUUACAGAGUUACUUUAAUAAGAGUUACCAUACAUUAUUACUUAAAGUGUAUUCACAUUUCACUUAAAUGUAUUAUUAAUUAGCCUAAUCUCAUUUCAUUAAAUUAGAUCGCAUUUUUAUUUAUUUUUGAUAUGUUUAAUUAUGUUCUUUGUAUGGUAAAUAAAAUUUGAAUGAAUUUUAUGAAUAAAGGUGAAUUUGGUGAAUGACUGUAUGAAGUUUUCAUGGGUAGAUUUUUCCAAAAAUUUUAGCUGAAUAGUAGAGUUAUUCUUUUAACUUCUAUUUAUGCUCAUCCAAUACAUCCUCAUUAUAGAAAGAAUGUCCAUGGAAACAUUUUCAUGAAAGUCAUGAGCCAUCUGCCUUCCUAAAUAAACCUACUCACAGUAAGAUUGCCUUGAACAUGUAUAGCUAUACACCUAGGUGAUCCAUGUAACAUGAUACAGGUAACAUGUAUCAUCAAUACCUAAACUAUAUUUUUGUUAGUUACAUAUUUUCAUAUCAGAUAUAUAUUUGAGACAUGGGAGUGAUACAUAUUGGGCAUGUCUCAUCGAUAUCUAAAUUAUAUUUUUGUUAGGUACUUAUUUACAUAUCAGAUAUGUAUUUGAGACAUGGGGAUGAUACAUAUCAGAUACAUAAAAUGAAUACCUAAAUGAUAUGUAUCCAAAAAGCGGACAUUUUCACAUAUCAAAUAUGUAUCAUAGGUAUUGGAUACGUUUUCAAACAUAUCCAGUACAUAUCGUAAGUAUCAGUAUCAGUUCGAACGUCGAACGUAAAGGUUGAUAAUUUCGGAGCUCUGUUAUCGUGUUGUGUUUCGUGUCUGCCAUUGUGACUGUGAUGGAUUUUUUCUGUUUCUCUUUCUGAGACUGUGAAUUUUUUGUUUGUGCCGAAAAUAUGCUGGUAUUUUUGCUUGUUGAAAUGCAAUGUUGAAGUGCUUCUGUUGUAAUACUCCCGUUGAUUUGGCCGAGCUUAUAAAGUGUUCAAUCUGCCGAAACGCUUUUCAUUUUAAAUGUGUAGGAAUCUCCGAAGCUAACUUUAAAAAACUGUCUAAAGCUAACUUGGCCAAGUGGAAGUGUUCAUCGUGUAAAGUUAAUAAACUAUCUCCUGUUACUCAAAAGCAAAACAAAAUGGAACUAAAUCCUGAAUGCAAGAAAGAAAUAUUGAAUGAAAUAAAAGGUAUAAUCUCUACGGAACUUGCGUUUUUUAGGGAUGAAUUAAAGAAGACGAACGAAAAUGUACUCGAAUUGCGUAAAUCAGUGGAGUUGUUCUCAGCUAAAAUUGAUGACUACAAGUUGAUAAUAGAUGAUUUUAAGACUGAACAAUUUGUUAUAAAAAAGGAAAAUGAAAAACUGUCCAAGAAGGUUCACGAGAUGGAAUUACAAGUCAUCGAGCUGCAGCAAUACAGCAGGAUUAACAACCUCGAAAUUCACGGAAUACCGCAAACGCCAAACGAAGAUGUUUAUGCUAUAAUCGAAGAUAUUUCAAAAACUCUCAAAUUGAAAAAUGAUGCAUUGAAGAUCGAUAUUGCUCAUAGACUCCCAACUACGAAUAAACAUGCUAUUCCACCGAUACUAAUAAAAUUCAAUAAUAGAAUUGCGAAGAACAACUUGUUUUCUCAAUAUAAAAAAAUACAGAGUGAGCUGAAAAAAUUGGAACCACCAGGACAGUUAAGAACCACAUCAAUAAAUAGAAAUCUACAAGACGGGCCAGUAUACAUCAACGAAAAUUUGUCUACUUACUACCGAGGUCUGCUGAAAGGUGCUAAACUAUUUGCGAAGGAAAACGGCUAUAAAUUUGUGUGGGUCAUGAAUGGUAAAAUAUAUGUUAGAAAGCACGAAGACUCAAGACCCAUCCGACUGGCAAGCCACGCUGAUCUAGAUCGUCUCAGGUGUGAUGACCCAAUUUCUUCUCAAAUGCGCUCCAACAGUGGUGGAGAAUAAAGAUACGGCUUCCCUGAUUUUUACUUUAAUGAACUCUGAACUGUAAUGAUAGCAAUAGAGGAAAUCUACAAUUUACUUAAUAAGGAGUUAAAAUUAACAAAUGUACUUGACAACUACUGUGAAUACUUACCGUCCCCAGGAAAUAGACAUAAAUUUUUCAAUAUAUUUCACAUGAAUAUUAGGAGUAUUGGCAAGAACUUUGAUGAACUAAUUUUAUUUUUGAGUGAUCUACGUUUUGAAUUCGACAUAAUUGUUCUGACAGAGACCUGGUCUUGUGAAGGUAAUCCAUACGAACAUAAGAUCAAUGGAUAUAAAACAAUAAAUAAAUUCUCAAAGUUGAAUAAAUGUGAUGGUAUUUGUGUGUUUGUUAGAGACUGUUUUGACUUUGUAAUCCAUUCAGUAGAUAUUGAUGAAGCUAACUCGCUGAGCUUGGUUGUUGAGAUAGAUAGUGGUAUCAGGUUACUGAUAAUUGCAGUUUAUCGCUCACCUAGCGGUAAUCUAACUGCAUUUUUGGAUAGCCUUGAAAAUAAUCUUCAACAGCUAGGUGAUAGAAACAGCUGUAUUUUUAUGGGAGAUUUAAACAUUGACUUGAAUACUAGUAAUACAGUGACCGAUGAAUACAUACACACUUUAAAUAAAUAUGGCUUCGAGUCUUUUAUCAAUUGUAACACGCGAGUAACGGAGACCACACACUCAUGCAUUGAUCAUAUUUUUCUCAAGAAUAGUAUUAAAAUAAAUGAACAUUCUAUCGGUAAUGUUUUCAAAACAUCAAUCACAGACCAUUUCUCGACUGCUCUACACAUGCACA